ACAUGUAGAAACUGCUACUUAUCAGUCUAUCACUCUUGAAACUCAAGACCUUCCUCUCCUCUUCAAAUGGCGGCAGUUCAAAUCUUCAAAAGCUCUCGUCUUUUCCCAGCUACAAAACCCAACCCCCUCCUCUGCCUCCCCCACUUCUCCUCCGCGCCGUCCGAUCAAACCCCACCAGAACCCAACCCCCUAAUCCCCUCCGUCGUCUCCAUCCUAACCAACCUCCGAUCCAAGUCCCGCUGGGGCUACCUCCGCUCUCUCUACCCUUCCGGCUUCACCCCAACCGACUUUUCCCAAAUCGCCCUCCAAAUCAAAAACAAUCCCCACCUCGUCCUUCGCUUCUUCCAAUGGACCCAAAACCACAACAACCCUCUCUGCUCCCACAACCUCCUCUCCUUCUCCACCACCAUCCACAUCCUCGCUCGCUCUCGCCUCAAAUCCCAAGCCUACUCCCUCAUCCGCGACGCCAUUCGGGUUUCGGAGCCUCUGCAAGUGUUCGAAGCCCUGGUCAAGACUUACCGGCAAUGCGGGUCGGCGCCGUUCGUGUUUGAUUACCUGAUCAGAGCUUGUUUGGAGUCCAAGAAAAUCGACCCGGCAUUGCAGAUUGUUAGAAUGUUGCUCAGUCGCGGCAUCAAUCCUGGUUUGAACACCUGCAAUAGUCUGAUUCGGUGCGUAAUGCAGGCUCGAGGUGCGUGGGCGGGUUAUGAGAUUUACAGAGAGGUUUUCGGAUUGGAUGGUGGGGUUAGGGUUGCGAGAGCUAGGCCGAAUGUGCAGACUUUCAAUGAGUUGAUGUUGGGGUUUUAUCAGGACGGGGCGGUGGAGAUGGUGGAGGAGAUUUGGGACCAAAUGCCGGAGUUUGGUUGCUGUGCUGAUGUUUAUAGUUACAGCAUUUUGAUGGAGACUUAUUGUGAGGACGAGAAAAUGAGUAAUGCGGAGGAGUUGUGGGAAGAAAUGAGAGGUAAGGGUGUGGAGCCUGAUGCUGUUGCUUACAACACUAUGAUUGGGGGGUUUUGCAGAGUUGGGGAGAUUGAAAUGGCUGAAGAGUUUUUCAAACAAAUGGGAUUGAGUGGGAUAGAGAGUAGUGGUGCCGCUUGCGAGCAUCUGGUUAGAGGGUACUGUAAAAUAGGGAAAAUUGAUGAAGCAAUGCUAGUGUAUAAGGAUAUGCUUAGGAAAGAUUUUAGGGCCGAGAGUUUAACUGUGGAUGAGUUGAUUAGAGGGCUUUGUGGUGAGAGCAGGGUUUUAGAAGCCUUGGAGGUUAUGAGAGCGGCAAUGAUAGAUUAUGGUUUUUGUCCGAGGGAGAAGUCGUAUGAGUUUUUGAUAGGAGGGUUGUGUGAGCAGGGGAAGUUGGAAGAAGCGCUUAAGCUUCAGGCUCAGAUGGUUGGUAAAGGGUUUAAACCAAAUUCUGAAAUCUAUAGUGCAUUUAUUAGUGGAUAUAUGAAAGAAGGGAACAAGGAAGUAGCAGAAUUGUUGAGGAAUGAAAUGUUGGAUACUCAGGUGUGUGGGAUUGCGGAUUAGAUAAUCAAUAACAUGAUAACUGCACAUGACCUUUUGAGCAGUUGACGAUCAUGGCACUCCAGAAAUUGGUGGAUUACUCUCUAUUCAGUGAAUGAUGUAUGGUAUCACAGUUACAAUUUGUGAAAGGACUGAAGAUGAAACUAAGGAUGGUCUAGCUGCUAGGAAGAUUCUUUGAGAAAUUGAGGAAGGAUCGACUGAAUGAGCAUUUUCUUGAGUUGGGAAAUGUAUUAGACAGACCCAAAAUGACAAAGCAACCAUCCUAGCUGAUACAAUUCAAGUGCUCUAGUCAGUAAGGAAGGAAAUAGAUAUUACAACCGUCAGUGAAAAGGAAAUCCCAGAAGUCAGUUCAGAAGAAAUCAAGGCUACAGAAGGGUGUUCUUCAUGCAGAUGUUGUUCUUCUUAUAGUGUAUAGUGUAGCUCAUCUAAUAGCAAGAGUUGGUGGCAGAAAGGUAGAUGAUUAAAAAAGGGAAGGGAUGACAAAUAACAAAACAAGGCAGGGUCUUUUAUCUUUGAUUAACUUCAUCAUAUCAGUGAACUUUUGUAUGUUCUAGGGUCCUUCCCUAGCUUUUUUGGUACUGAUAUGCAGCAAGGAACUGUACAAUGUACAAUUUUAUCUGAGUGCACAUGAACAUGUGUUCUUUGUUGUAUACAA